AUGGCUCUCCCAGCGAUACAGUUCUCGGAAGAGACGAAGGAGCGCAUUUCCAAGAUCAUCGACAUCACGAAGGAGGUCGUACAUUAUGGCUACCUGCCUCUAAUUCUUUACUUGGGUUACACACGAAGCGAACCGAAGCCGAACUUGAUCAACUUGAUAUCUCCUUUCGCCAACUAA